AUGUUGGCCGUACAGACCACAGCGCGGACGGCCAUUCGAAUACUAGCAAUAGAUCGAACCAACAUCUCGCUCCCGCUCAUUCAGCGAACAUCAGACCGAUUGACCGAGCUGACGGGCACGACACUUCCCUCAGUUGGACAAAUCCUGAGGCAGAGCGACCGUGUGUGGCACGCACGAAGACCGUCAAUAGUGUGGGAUGUUAAAAGGAGCAUUAGAGCUGGCGACCCGCCGGGAAAAGUACGUCCAAUUGUCCAACAAUUGCUGUCCACCCGUUUCCAUAGUUCGACUGUCGUCUACACUGAUGGUUCAAAGCUGUUGGAUAUGGUUGGUGCCGCUUUUUAUACGAAUGGGUUUACGAAUACCUUCAGUCUUCCGAAGGAAUGCAGCGUUUUCUCGGCAGAGGCAUACGCUAUACUGAAAGCGGUUUCCAUACCGAAUGUGAAUCGAGAAGUAGUGAUCCUCACGGAUUCAGCAAGCUGUUUGUCCGCUCUCGAGACAGGAACAUCAAAACACCCGUGGAUCCAAGAGAUUGAAAACAUUGCACAAAAUAAGUCAGUUCGAUUCUGUUGGAUUCCCGGACACGCCGGCAUUCCUGGUAACGAGGCAGCCGAUCGACUAGCGAAUGAGACAAGAACAGAUCCAGCCGUUGAAGUGCCGAUUCCGGGUGAAGACGCGUUAAGGACGAUAAAGCAAGCGAUACGACAACGAUGGGAGAACAACUGGUUCGAAACACGAGAGGCGAAGCUGAGAGAAAUCAAACACGAUACGUACCGGUGGACAGAUCACGGCAAUGCAGCCGACCAGCGAGUGCUUACACGCCUGCGGAUAGGCCAUACACGCCUGACACACACGUUCCUUCUGAAGAAGGAACCCCCACCAACAUGCGAGUGCUGUGGAACUACACUGGACGUGCGACACGUGAUUUUGAAUUGUAGAAAAUAUGAAAGGGAGCGACAGGAGAAUAAUAUUGGAACGACGAGUUUACGAGACGCCUUAUCAAACGAGGAAGAAAAAACAACUAGGAUUCUGAAAUUUUUGCGCGACUCGGGAUUGUACAAGCAACUGUAG